CUGGGCUGCCUCAGCAUCUCCUGGCUCGUCGUCUUCCUCUGCCUCAUCAAGGGUGUCAAGUCCUCGGGGAAGGUGGUGUACUUCACGGCCACCUUCCCCUACGUGGUGCUCACCAUCCUCUUCGUGCGCGGCAUCACGCUGGAGGGCGCCCUCACCGGCAUCAUGUACUACCUGACACCCCAGUGGGACAAGAUCCUGGAUGCCAAGGUGUGGGGUGAUGCAGCUUCGCAGAUCUUCUACUCGCUGGGCUGUGCCUGGGGUGGGCUCAUCACCAUGGCCUCCUACAACAAGUUCCACAACAAUUGCUAUCGGGACAGCAUCAUCAUCAGCAUCACAAACUGCGCCACCAGUGUCUAUGCCGGCUUCGUCAUCUUCUCCAUCCUGGGCUUCAUGGCCAACCACCUGGGUGUGGAUGUCUCCAAGGUGGCUGACCACGGCCCCGGCCUGGCCUUCGUCGCCUACCCAGAAGCCCUCACCCUGCUCCCCAUCUCGCCCCUCUGGUCCAUCCUCUUCUUCUUCAUGCUCAUCCUCCUGGGGCUGGGCACACAGUUCUGCCUGCUGGAGACACUGGUCACGGCCAUCGUGGACGAGGUGGGCAACGAGUGGAUCAUCCGCAGGAAGACCUUCGUGACGCUGGGGGUGGCUGUGGCGGGCUUCCUGCUGGGCGUCCCACUCACCACGCAGGCGGGCAUCUACUGGCUCCUGCUGAUGGACAUAAGCUCCCUGUCAAUCAUGUCCUGAAUCAUGUGCGUGUCCAUCAUGUCCCUCUACGGGCACCGCAACUACUUCAAGGACAUCGAGAUGAUGCUGGGCUUCCCGCCCCCGCUCUUCUUCCAGAUCUGCUGGCGCUUCAUCUCACCCGCCAUCAUCUUU